CAGUUUAAGAAGAUGUCGGGCACCGUGUCCAAACACGUGACAGUGGUCGGCGAGUUGUCUCGUCUGGUGUCGGAGCGUCAGCUGAUGGAGGUGUCGGAGGUGGAGCAGGAGCUGUCCUGUCAGAACGACCACUCCAACGCCCAGCAGAGCGUCCGCCGGCUGCUGCAGAACCCUCGUCUGUCCGAGCUGGACGCCGUCCGUCUGGUCAUGCUCUACGCUCUGAGAUACGAACGCCACAGCAGCAGCAUCCUGCCGGCGCUGAUGGACGAGCUGAGCCGGCGAGGAGUGUCCGAGCGCCACCGCAGGAUGGUGAAGUCGGUGGUAGAAUACGGAGGAAAGAGAGUCAGAGGAAGUGACCUCAUCACGCCGACAGACGCCGUCGCCAUCACCAAACAGUUCUUCAAAGGCCUCAAG